GGUGCUGAGCUGGAGUUUGUGGAGGCUUACCUGAGGAGCUUCUACGGCUACAGGCCCGAGCCAGAGAGGCAGAGGAGGGCUGCAGAGGUGGGGCCACUCCCCUCAGCGGAGCUCCGCCACAAGGUACGUGAGAUGCAGCACUUCUUCGGUCUGCGUCAGAGCGGGGAGCUCACGGGGGAGACCCUGGCGGCGAUGAGGAGGCCCCGCUGUGGUCUGUCGGACGUGGAGCCGUUUGGGGAGACGAUACGCUGGAGGAACAGAACCCUGACCUAUCGGAUCUCCACCUACCGCUCUGCUGCCCGACCCUCACUGGUCAGGAGAGCCUUCAGGGCGGCAUGGAAGCUGUGGGCCGAGGUCACGCCCAUCCGCUUCCAGAGACGCAGCAGGAGGGAGGCCGACAUCGUCAUCUCCUUCCACAGAGGAGACCACGAAGACGGAGCGCCGUUUGAUGGAGAGGGAGGAGUUCUGGCCCACGCCUUCCUGCCCGGAGCAGGCAUCGGCGGGGACGUGCACUUUGACGCAGAGGAAGACUGGACCUUCAAUGCCACCGGUUUCAACCUGUUUGCGGUAGCAGUGCAUGAGUUUGGACAUGCUCUGGGUCUCACUCACUCAGCAGACCCGGGGGCGAUCAUGUACCCAGCCUACAAUUUCAUCCCUCAAGCUGAGCUCCAGCUCUCCUACAGAGACGUCAAAGACGUCCAACACCUGUACGGCCUCAAUCCCAACUUCGAAGAAAUGUCCCUGAAGAGGCCACCGCCAAAGACACCCAACAAAUGUGACCCAGGUUUGUCAUUUGACGCCGUGACAGGAAUGCAACAGGAGAUCCUGUUUUUUAAGGACAGGUUUAUGUGGCGCAUGCAUCCUCUGUUUGAGGAGACAGGGAUCACGCUGAUGAAUGGGCUUUGGACGGAGGUGCCUCCUUUUCUGGAUGCGGCCUAUGAGAACGUCGAGAUGAACAAAAUGCUGUUUUUCAAAGGUUCUCAGUACUGGGCGAUUCGUCAGUUAAAACUCCUUGAAGACUACCCCAGAAACAUCUCAGACUUCAGCUUCCCCCCCAGAAUCCAGGCUAUAGAUGCAGCUCUUCACAUCCGUGUAGCCCUCCUUACUGUGUUUUUCACUGGACAUGAGUGCUGGAGGUACAAUGAGAAGCAGGGGAGGAUGGAGGACAGCUCUCCUCAACCUAUAGCUCAGCACUGGCCAGGUGUCCCCACUCCCCUGGAUGCAGCUGUUGAAUAUGAGGGAUUUGUCUACUUCUUCAAAGGGAUUAUGCAAUACAAAUAUGACCCUAAGCUCAAAUAUGUCAUCUCCACAAGACCUGCAAAUGACUUACUGGACUGCAAAGUAGAACUGGGCAAUGAGAUACAGAACCAGGGUCAGGGAUGA